AUGCCUCCAAAAGGCUCGCACAUUAAGGCUCUGGUUGAGGCUGUUCCUGACGGUCCUCCUGGUGGACCAGAUCCUGCAGGCAAAACAGCACCAAGCAAGCAAUCAAACGGCGUUAACAACCUUCCAUCGGAAGCUGAAGUGACGGCUGGUGGAUCUGGUCUCUCGAUUGAAGAUAAGCUAAAAGCGCUCGCGACAGUUGCUGCAGACGAUGAUUUCAUCGAGGAUGAUUCUGAUGAAGAGCUCGAGAUUGAUAUGGCUAAGAGCUCUUACCCGCAUUUGCGCUUCACUUUUCAGGAGCUGCUCCCUACUUUCGUCAUGAAGACUCGCUACAGCCGUCUCCAGGUCUCUUUCAUGCACAAGGCUGACGCUGUGAACAUCAAGCAGACAAUGGUGGACCACAAACUCUCGAAUGGCUCGACGAUCCACUGUUUCUGGCUUCACCAGGAGGAUGCUAUUUACGUCCGCAAGAAAGCUUCGAGCCCGCAGCUGUUGGAGGUCUACUUUAAGAACAUUCAUGGCGACAUCCCGUCUGAGCUGGUUAAGGAGGUCAUGGUAACUCACUCACUCAAAGUCCGGAAGCAGUCCGCGUUUGCUGAAGGCCACUGCUUCCACCGCGUGCUUCACCCGGUCACCGGAGCUGAUACGGACAAAAUCAAAGGGUUGGUGGCCAAGCAUACUAGCGACAAGCACCUCACCCCACUCCUCCUGGAUGCGGCGUUUGUGCAGAUCUCCACUGGGAGCAACAGGGAGGAAUGGCUGUGCACACUGAAUAGUUGCGGGAAAACGCACGGCAAGUCGUUCAUGUCCGCUGCGGACCACAUCACCUCGGCAAGUCACUUGCUGGGUCUGGAGAAGCUGGGUGCGACCACCCUCAGUUCCCUGGAGAAGCUGAACCUGCAUCUCAUUCGCAAGGACUACAAGAUUUGA